AAAUUUAGAGAAUUUUUAAUGACCCCUGGUUUAUGUAUAUGUGCUGGAUUUUGUUUCUGAUUUUAUCUUAAAACAAACUUGAAUCUGUUAGAGGGUCCCAUUUAUUUAGAAGAGAUAAUUUAAUCCCAUCAUAACGUCUACCCAAGGAUUCCACUUACCACAUUUUCUUUUUUUAUUUAUUUAAAAAAAUUUAUUUAUUUUUAGAGGGGGAAGAGAGGGAGAAAAAGAGGGAGAGAAACAUCAAUGUGUGGUUGCCUCUGGUGUGCCCCAUACUGGGGACCUGGCCCGCAACCCAGGCAUGUGACCUGAGAAUUGAACUGGCAACCCUUUGGUUCACAGGCCCAUACUCAGUCCACAGAGAUGCACUAGCCAAGGUUCUUUUUUAAAUAAUUGAAUUUUAGAGGUACCUUUGCAAAUUAUUGUUAAGUAUGUUAGUUUUUCUUUUAUUGGUUUGGGGGCAUACUACUUUUAUAUUUGGAAAAAUAAUAGAGGUGGUUAUGCAAAAUUAUUAAGCCUACAGAAGUUCAAUUUGAUUUGUAACAUUUUUAUUCUUUUUUAAAUUGUAUUUUUCAUUGAUAUUAUUUUGUGUUAGUUUUGGGGAUACAUAGUGGUUAGACAAUCAUAUACUUUACAAAGUGUUCCCACCAAAUUGCAGCACCCAGCAUACACAGUUGUUUGAAUGUUAUAGACUAUAUUUUCUAUGCUGAAGUUUAUAACCCUGUGACUACCAAUUUGUAUUUCUUAAUCCCUUCACCCUUUUCACUUCCCCCAUCCUCCCUGUGUUCUCUGUUUCUAUGAGUGUUUCAAUUUUCUUUGUUUAUUUUGUUCUUUAGAUUCCAGAUAUAAGUGAAAUCAUAUGGUAUUUGUCUUGCUCUGAUUGGCUUAUGUCGCUAGCAUAACAAAAAGGAGCAUUUCUAUACCUGGAAAAGGAUUUUGGGGAGCAAAUCCAAGAAAAUCUCACAUCCAUCUCAGUACCAUCUUUAUUCAGCUUUGGAUUUACAGAUAAAGUAAUAAAGAAGAGCCAGUGUCCGAUUGGGGUCUUUGGUAAUGGUUUCAAGUCAGGGUCCAUGCGACUAGGAAAGGACACUCUUGUCUUCACCAAGAAUGGGGGUACCCUCACUGUUGGACUCCUGUCACAGACUUACCUGGAAUAUGUCCAGGCCCAGGCAGUUAUUGUACCAAUUGUUCCAUUCAACCAGCAAAAUAAAAAAAUGAUUAUUACUGAGGAUUCCUUGCCAAGCCUAGAAGCCAUCUUGAACUAUUCAAUUUUCAACAGUGAAAAUGACCUCCUGUCUCAGUUUGAUGCCAUCCCAGGCAAAAAAGGCACUCGUGUUAUUAUUUGGAAUAUCCGCAGAGAGAGAGGAAGGGAGAAAAAAGAGAGAACCAUCGAUGUGAGAGAGAAACAUCGAUCGGUUGUUUCCCAUACGCGCCCCGACUGGGGAUCGAACCCGCAACCUAGAAAUAAAGAUGGGAAGUCUGAGUUGGACUUUGAUACAGAUCAAUAUGACAUCCUGGUAUCAGACUUUGGCACAGAAGAAAAAGAGACUGGUGGUGUUACCUCUGAACUGCCAGAAACAGAGUAUUCCUUACGGGCAUUUUGUGGUAUUCUGUAUAUGAAGCCACGAAUGAAAAUUUUUCUGCGUCAAAAGAAGGUGACUACCCAGAUGAUUGCCAAGAGCCUGGCUAAUGUAGCAUAUGAUAUAUAUACACCUACUUUUACAAAUAAGCAGGUGAAAAUAACUUUUGGCUUCUCUUGCAAGAAUAAUAACCAAUUUGGAGUAAUGAUGUAUCACAACAACCGUCUCAUAAAGUCCUUUGAGAAGGUGGGAUGCCAGGUGAAGCCAACUCAUGGAGAAGGUGUUGGAGUAAUUGGAGUCAUUGAGUGCAAUUUCUUAAAACCUGCGUACAACAAACAAGACUUUGAGUAUACCAAGGAGUACCGAUUGACCAUAAAUGCCCUUGCCCAGAAGCUCAAUGCUUAUUGGAAGGAAAAGACUUCCAAAGAGAAUUUUGAGACCUCAGCCAUAGCUAGGGCAAUACCAGGACAUUGUUGGAACUGUACCAUGGAAUUUGACAGCAGAAGUAGAGAAUCCGGCAUAGCAGAAAAAAGGAAGAUUCCUGACCAGACGUGGGUACAGUGUGAUGAGUGUCUUAAAUGGAGAAAGCUUCCUGGCAAGGUUGAUCCAUCUACAUUACCUGCAAGAUGGUUUUGCUACUAUAAUUCCCAUCCAAAGUACAGGAGAUGCUCUGUUCCAGAAGAACAAGAACUCACUGAUGAAGAUCUGUACUUGAACAAAGUUAAGAAACAAGAUCAAACUGUUGAGAAGAAGGUGCCAAUGGAAAAUGAGAAUCACCAGGUAUUCACUAACCCACUCAAUAGCCCUACUAUUCAAGAUAUGGAUGAAUUAAAUAAUAAAACAAUUGGCUAUGAGGAAAUUGAUAGCCCUAGCCGACUUCCAUCUGUUGGAGAAGAAAGCAAAACACCUGUUUUUCAACUUAAGCCUCUGGACUCCAGUGUUUUUCAGUUUCCCAGUAAGUACAAAUGGAUUCUUGGUGAGGAACCUAUGGAGAAACGAAGAAGGCUCCAGAAUGAAAUGACAACACCUCCUCUUGAUUAUUCCAUGUCUGGCUCUUACAGGAGGGUAGAGGCAGCUGUUGCUUACCCAGAAGGGGAGAAUAGCCAUGAUAAAUCCAGUUCUGAGAGAAGCACACCACCAUACCUUUCUCCAGAGUACCCAGAAGCAAACAAGAAUACGAGUCAAAGUAGGGGGGGUUCAGUUCUGUAUUCAGGGGCCCAAGAACAACACCAGGGAUCCAUGCUCCCUGAAGAAUUAGAAGAUCAGAUGCCAAGAUUGGUAGCAGAAGAAUCUAACAGAGGCAACACAAAUAUAAGCAAAGAGGAAGUAAACAAGGGACUUUUUGUAGCUGUUGUUGGUGUUGCAAAAGGUGUUCGAGAUUCAGGAGCUCCCAUUCAGCUGAUCCCUUUUAACCGAGAGGAGCUUGCUGAGAGAAGAAAAGCAGUGGAAUCCUGGAACCCAGUGCCUUAUCCUUCUGUGACCUCUUCUAUAAUUCCUGCUGUAGCCACUAGGGAGAAAGGAAGAAGCUAUGAGGAGAGUGGAAGUUGUCAUAUGCCAAAGAUGAAGAACCAAAGACAGCUAGAAGAACUGAAAAGAACCACAGAAAAAUUGGAACGUGUUCUGGCUGAAAGGAAUUUGUUCCAGCAAAAGGUGGAGGAGCUGGAACAGGAGAGGAAUCACUGGCAUUCUGAAUUCAAGAAAGUCCAACAUGAAUUGGUGACCUACAGUACGCAGGAAACGGAAGGCUUGUAUUGGAGCAAGAAACACAUGGGCUAUCGUCAAGCUGAAUUCCAGAUUCUGAAAGCUGAGCUGGAAAGAACCAAAGAAGAAAAGCAAGAAUUAAAAGAGAAACUAAAGGAGACAGAGAUGCACCUGGAAGUGCUGCAGAAGGCUCAGGUCUCCUACAGGACCCCAGAGGGAGAUGACCUAGAAAGGGCUUUGGCAAAGCUUGCGAGGCUGCGUAUCCACGUCAGCUAUCUCCUUACUUCUGUCCUCCCUCACUUGGAGCUUCGUGAGAUCGGGUUUGACUCAGAACAAGUGGAUGGGAUCCUGUAUACGGUGCUGGAGGCAAAUCACAUACUGGAUUGAGCACUAGACCAUAUACUCUAUCUACCCUUCUCUUUUCUCCCUUUCUCUUCUCCCCUCUUCUCCCCUCUUCUCUCUUAUCUCCCUCCUUUCGUCCCUCCCUCCCCCACUUUCCUCAUAUUCUCUCUUGCCUUUAUGCCUUAUAUAGAGAAUCUUUGAGUAAAUCCUGGCUCUUAAUCAGUCUGCUUCUUAUUCAGUUUGGCGUGAGGAAAGAGACUAGUUCAAUAGGCUUUUAAGAGUUCUAGCAACAGAAAUGCAAUAGUCACAAAACCAGGUGACCUGAAAUCUUUAGCUUUCAUGACUUAGAUACUUGGCCUUUUUUAUAUCCUUUCUGAAAUGGUUUGUAUUCAUUUAGGUUAAAUCAGUCAAUAAAUAUCGGAUUCAAAGUAUUGGGUUGGCCAAAAAGUUUGUUUGUUUUUCUGUAAGAUGUCUCUAGUAGCAUUUAGUUGACUUUAACUUCAUUUCAAACCAUUUUGUUAGAUUGUAUUGUGACAGCUAUCAUAUCAGCAUUCUUAAAAAAAUAAAACCUUACCAAAAUUGGUGAAUUUUUGUUGCCAUUUUAAUAUUGAAAAUAGAAGAAAGUACACAACAUUUUUGGCAUAUUAUGCCUUAUUAUUUCAAGAAAAGUAAAAAUAUAACUGAAUGCAAAAAAUGAUUUGUCUAGUGUAUGGAGAAGGUGCUAUGACUGAUUGAACAAACAUAUCAGAAGUGGUUUGUGAAGUUAUGUGCUGGAGGUUUUUUGCUGGAUGUUGCUUCAUGGUCGGGUAGACUAGUUGGAGACCAGCCAUCAAAUCAAGACAUUAAUUGAGGACAAUCAACAUUAUACCAUGGAGGAGAUAGCUGACAUACUAAAAAUACCCAAAUGAAUAAAGUUAUUGGUGAAUGAGAAAUGUGUCUUUUAUUUUACAGGAAAAGCUAAAUGGACUUUUUGGCCAACUGAAUACUAAGUGUUCUGGGAUAAAUUAAGAAGUAUAACUCAAGGGUUCAGCCUUCAAGGAUUGAAUAAUAUAGUUGGAAACACAAGAUAUGCACCAAAUUAACUUGUACAAGAGAGAGUAGUACAAGCAUGGUAGGGAAGGUCUGGAGGAGGAAGUUCAAGGAAGGCAUCACAUCAGAAAUGGAACCUAAACUAAGGUUUGUUUAAAGAACAAGCAAGACCACACUUCAAAACAGUUGUUAUUUAGGUGGUAGGACUAUGGUUGAUUUUUUUCUUCUUGCUAUCUUCUUGCCUUUUUCAAAUUUUCUAUAAAAACCUGUCAUUCCUACAUUGGAAAAAAUAAAUCAUUUUUAAAAGAAUGAGUAGGUUUGGAUUUAGAUAUCAAAUGAGAGACUGUGAAACUAUAAGUUGAUUUUAUAUUUGUAAUUUGUUUAUUUUGCAUUCUGGAAGAAUAGCAUGAGCAAAGGCAUGGAAAAAGCUGGAAUGUAAAAAAUGUGUUUAAUAAGAAUGAUGGGUUAAUGUAAAGAGAACUAAGGUUAAAUCAUGACCCAUCUACCCACCUCCCUCUGUGUUUUUUUGCAUUUUAAUGAAGAAUUCUUGGAAAAGAAAUCUUUAAAGCCCAAAUUAAAAAAAAAUAAGGUAUCACCAAACUGCCAAAAGAGAAAAGGAAUAUGGAUUUUCUUUCCCACAGAUAUUCUUUUUUUAUUGAAUUUAUUGGGGUGACACUAGUUAACAAAAUUAUACAGGUUCUAGGUGCACAAUUCUACAAUACUUCAUCUGUACACUGUAUUGUACCACAGACACUCUGAAUAUCAUCAAAAGGAAGCUCUUUUUAAAAAAGAUUUUAUUUAUUUAUUUAUAGAGAGAGAAGAAGGGAGGGAGAGAAACAUCAAUAUGUGGUUGCCUCUGGCACACCCCCUACUGGGGACCUAGCCUGCAACCCACACAUGUGCCAUUACUGGGAAUUGAGCCAGCAACUCUGCUUCACAGGCUGGCACUCAAUCCACUGAGCCACACCAGCUAGCCACUGCAAAAGGAAGCUCUUUAACAUACAAUGUUGAAAUGUUGUUAAUUACAGAAUAUAAUCAGAAGAAGCCUAUAAAGACCAGGUCUUGACAGUUAACAGGAACCUAAACAACAAAACAAACAAGCAAGCAAAAUAUAACCAAAGACACUGAAAUAGAGAAUAGGCUGA